AUGCUAGUGGCAGAAGCCUCCGAGACCGAAGUCGGCACCAUGAAGAGUGGCAAAGGCAGGCUAUACACCAGUCCAGACACUUCGCCAAACACCUCCCCGGGCAGCGGACCCAGAGGCAGACCAGUAAUCAUCUUGAGAGCAUCCGCUCUUGCAAAGGACCACGAAGUCCGUACCAGCCCGACGGCAGAGCUCCACGAGGAGAUAGCAGCAGCACUCCACAGGACCCUCAAGAUCAAACCCCUCGCAAUGCGUCGGCUCACCAGCGGAAACUUGGCCGUAGAACUCAACAUCGCAUCCGAGGCCCUACACCAGGCGACGGACAUCGGCGUCAAGUCAUGCCGGUGGCUCAUCGGCGCAGGAAGGAGAGACAAGUCGCACGGGUCCUCAGUACUGAUGGGGUUCGCUACGGAGGAUGACCGAGGCGCCAUCCGCAACAGAGGCAGGCUAGGCAUCCACAACGAGGUCGCCUACCUGGACGAUUACAGGCCCAGACCCCGCAUCGACCAAUGCACGAAGUGCCAACAGUAUGGGCACAAGAUCGAGAACUGCAAGUCAGCCGUACCGAGUUGCAGGCUGCGCGCACUACCUCAUCUGACCCAAGACCACACGGACUGCGACCAGUGUGAGGACUGA